AUGAGUCUGCCACAACAAGAAAGACGGUGGUGGACCAAGGCGGAAGAUGAGCAGCUCAAACGACUCAUCGCGGUCUAUGGUUGUCGAAGGGGCCGAUCAUCGGACAGCAAAUGGGCCGAAAUCUCCAAACACUUUCCAGGUCGCACAAACAAAGACUGCAGGAAGCGCUGGUUCCAUUCGUUGGAUCCUUCCAUCCGCAAGGGCGGGUGGACGGAGGAAGAAGACAAAAUCAUUCUCGAUGCCUAUGAGCGAUUGGGCCCCUCUUGGAAAGCAAUCGCUGCACUGCUUGAGGGGAGGAAAGACGACCAAGUCUCGAAGCGCUACAUCGACGUCCUCGCCCCCAGUGUGAAGGACAGGUUAUCCAGCUGGACCGCAGAAGAGGACAGCUAUCUAGUCCGACACGUCAGCAUGUAUGGUCACCGAUGGGCUGCGAUUUCCAACGGCCUUCCUGGCAGGCCUCCGUUGACUUGCCGAAACCGGUGGCGUCGGUUACAACGGCUCAACAGAGGCUCACCACCGAGUGAAGACACCUACACAGAAGACUUGUCCAGCGAUUCUCCCGCCCGGGCAGACGCAGCCAAGCCCAGACCAUCCUUGUCGACCAGUGUCCCUGCUUCCAGCCUUGAUUCCCUGGCAGACGGGACGCAGUACGGACCGGGGUCAGAAUCGUACCUCUAUAGCCUGGAACAUGUGCCGCCAGACCUUUUCGAGACCCCUGUGGAUUUUUCGUACGACGACGACAUGACUUGGCCGGAACGCUCGGACAACUUUUCUGUGGUUACCGACUCUGCACCAAGCUCUGCACAUACUGGUGGCUGUUUUGACGGAGCUCUGUCCGGAUCUGGUACGACACUCCCAACGCCAAUGAAUACGUACAUGGCUUCCACGUCCGAACCUCUUGCAGACAUGCCUUUGCCUUUGCCAUUGCCAGACAUCGAGGCCAGCUGCAGUCCAUCUCAAAACAACUCUCAGCCAUCCGACCCUUGGAGUGUCGUCGCGUACGAAGAACUUGGACAGCGACCCUUCCAAGAACUGCGCGAACGUCCAGAAUCGUCAAAUACUGUAUAUGUUCACCACCACUAUCACCACCAUUAUUAUCACCACUAUCAUGCUCCCAUUCACACCGACACUCAUACCGACACUCACACGGACCCUUUUGUAAUGUAA